GUAUUUAUAAAUUAUAACUUGUUCGGUUUAGUGAAUGUUUAGUGAUAUUUCUUAAUUUCUUUAUUUUCGCUUUUUUAAACAGGAAUAACGGAUAUUAUAGUUACUCUUUUAAAUUUAAAUAUAAUAAUAUGUCUCGUUUCUUUUUAUUUAAGCUUAAUUUGUUUUUGUACCUUUAAAACUUUGCAUGAUACAUUUGAUACGUCUAUACAUUUUAUUGUAAUGACUACAAAUCACGCAUACAAAAUACAAACCUUUAAUACUAGACUGAGUUUUGAGGUAAAGAUAACACAAAAAGAAGAAUAAUUAAAUAAUAAUUAAACUAAAAAUAGUUACGCUAAAACAUCUGUAGCCCCGUGUGUGGAUUACAUUAUUACAUGUAUUAUCUAUAUACAAAAUUCUCACUUUUAGAUUUGCAUAUAUGAAUUCGGAAUAAUGUUGCUUAAGGAAACGUCAGCAUUUAUAGUAGUAUUGAUUGUCGAUAUGGUAUUUACUGAAUGUAAUGUUGGCUGCCAAUCAUGCUCUGAUUCAACUUGCACAAGUUGUGAAGAAUCUUACUUUUUAUUAAAUGACUUCUGUUCACAAUGUCCUCCAGAUUGUGAAACUUGUACGAACUGGGAUAAGUGUACUUCAUGUAAGCCCAAAACGUAUGGUUUGCACGCACGAUGUACUUUCAACUGUUAUGGUAAUUGUCUAAAUAAUGACUGUCAAGAUGAUACGGGAUAUUGUUAUCAAUGUCAGCCUGGUUUCUAUGGACAUAAUUGUCAACACAAUUGUAGUUUAUGUGAAAAUGAACGUUGUGAUUUACGUAUUUGCUCGAGUGGUUGUAGAGAUGGAUAUUAUGAGCUUACAGCUGGUGUCGAAACAAUAUGUCAACCUUGUCCGUCAAAUUGCAAGCAAUGUACGGAUGCAAGAACAUGUUAUAUUUGCAAUAAUGGUUUUCACCUCUAUAAGUAUAAUGACAAUGUUCACUGUGUGUCAUGUUUCCAAGACACGCAAUGUCCGGAUUGUGUUAUUCAAGGUUGUAACCAGUGUCAAAUACGCAAUGAUUCGUUAGUCUGCGCUGAUUGUCCAGAAGGACAAAUAUUCAAUGGUAAAACAUGCGAACCACACACAUCAUUAUGCUCUAAAGGAUGUUCUGCGUAUUGUGAUAGUAGUGGACUAUGUCAAGGGGAAUGUAAUGACGGCUGGUCUGGUGAGACAUGUUCAACACAAUGUAACAGCAAGUGUUUAAAGUGCUCAAAAGAGAACGGAAAUAGCUGUCUACUAUGUAAAAGUAAUUUUUACUCAACCAAUUGCAGUUUAGCCUGCAACACGGCAUGUAUAGUACAAAGUGGUAAACAUACAUGUGAACAUGCAGACGGGUAUUGUUUAAACGGAUGUAAACAAGCAUUUUGGGGCAAUACCUGUGAUAAAUCUUUGUCCUAGUGGAUGUAAAGAUCUUAAAUGUGAUAGAAACAACGGUAUAUGUACAGAUGGA